UAAUUGACCAAACCGGGAUCGAUCUAACUCCACAGACACAGUCGUCGAAGAGAAAGGUUGAAUCGAGAGAAGAGGAUGGGUGGAGGAAUGGAGACGAACAAGAACAAGUUCAUCGAGGAUUGGGGAUCCGCGAGAGAGAAUCUGGAGCAUAACUUCCGCUGGACGCGUCGGAACUUCGCUCUCAUCGGAAUCUUCGGCAUCGCCCUCCCCAUCAUCGUCUACAAGGGCAUCGUCAAAGAUUUUCAUAUGCAAGACGAAGAUGCAGGCAGACCACACAGAAAGUUCCUGUGAGCUUGUUUGCAACAACAUUCUCUUCUGCAACAUGUCUCAGCAGUUUGGAAUUUUCAAGAAGCUGAUGCUAGAACCCACCUUUCUUUCUUUUUUGCAUUUUAUUAUUCAGAAUAAAAGAACAUCUCAAGGAUAAUACUUGCUGUUUCCAAAAGUUUGUUUUGAUUGGGCAAAUAAAAAAAAACUAAUGUUCCCCCGUUUUGACACUA